AAUAUGGUCAAGCUGGCUCCCGUCUGAGGACUGACCGGUGGUUUUGGUAGAACCGGAGGAGCCCUCCUCGAGAUGAGGGGGUACCUCCAUGUGUUUCAGUCCAGCGUACCUCUGACAGAUAGGACGUCAUGCAGGUCUCAAUGGGAUUGUACCAUCGACAGCUUCAGCCUGUAGAUUGGGGUCUCGGAGAUAACGUUAGCCCUUAAAGAAAAGUUGAUAACGGCAUCCUCGUCUGACCAUUGCAUGCUGCAUGUUUCAUUUCUUCAUCAUCACACAACUUCAUCCAGUCCGAUCGCUGUUUUCAACUCUGUUACAUGGUUCUGUAGAAUUACCUAAAACUUCUCUUCAUCUAUCGCUUUGUGUGCUGUGAAUCUGUCACCAUGAAGCGAGACAGGGCUAACUCCACCCUAUCACUGUCCUCAAAGAAACAGUCCAGGGACGGGACGAACCGUGACCAAGAGUUAGAGCGGUUACGGGCUGAUCUGGAGGCUGAGCAGAGCCGUAGACAGCGGGCCCUGUGGCGUUUCUCCGGGGAGCUCCGGCACCUUCGGGAGGAGGCCGAGUCUGAGCUUCAAAGGGCCUGCAAGGAGUUGACCUCCAGGCUGGCUAGUCAGAAAGCUACCCUCAGUCCUCCUAACUCCAAGCCCCCUGCCCGACUCAUCCAGAACGCCCCCAUCCAACGGGAUAACGUCGGAGGAGGUCAUGGAAAAGAUGAGCCAAGCAGGAAGGCCGGGUCCUGUCGAGGCACUGGUAAAACCGAUCACAAGCUGCAGCAGCUCCUGCUGAGGUUUUACCAGGAGGUCCACGCGGAGGAGGAAGUCUACGACCCGCGCGACAGGGAGGAGUUUGAGCUGGAUAAGGCCUCCUUCCUCUGCCGUCUGCUAGAGAGCCAGGACAGACCAUCCAAGGGGAGGCAGAGCCACAGAUCUGAAGCGUCUUUAAGAGCUCCGAGUCAGGGGCUCAGAGGCGACCUCCGCCACCACUAUCCUCCUAAGCCUCCUCAGAACUCGCCCAGGUCCUCCACACACAGUCCCCAGAGCGCUUCCCCACCAGCACCCCAGAAGAAGCCCAGGCCGGGGCGGCCGGACGUGCCUUCAGGGUGGGACGCCUUUACGGCCCACCAUGUGUCCACCGUGGUGUUAGGGGACACCUGUUGUAGCAGAGCCCCGGACCCCGGCCCCCCAGACUGCUCUCCUCAUGCGGGUGGUAACCCCCAGCCUUCAAACCACUCCACUGGAUCAGAGGAGGAGUCACCUCCAUACAAAUGGUCAGAGAGAGCCAUGGACCAGAUAGUGAUGUAUGACCUGUGCACUCGACCUGAGCAGCCUAAGCCUGCCACUGAAGACACCCAGAUGGAUGGCCCUGAGGAGGCCGAAGCCCCCGAACCACAGCAGCAGAAGACUGAGGAGCAGGAGCCUGCCCUGGACCGGACACCCCUGGCCACCACCAAACUGGCUCCCACGUCACUGCUAGGGAAACGCCACCACUCUCUCUAUGCAAACCUGAAUGGUUUUGAGCAGGAGGGGAUACGCAAGAACGGAACGGACUAUGGGUUCCUGGUGCGUCAGAACUCGGAGCUCCUGCGUGCACUGGAGGAGCUGGAGAAGACGUGCACGGCCCUGAAGGAUGAGAACGGCCUCCUGCGGAAGAGCAGCGCCCCGGAGACGGAGGAGAAGGUCAGGCGUCUGAGGAGGAAGAACACGGAGCUAGCCGUGCUCGCCAAGCGGCUGGAGGAGCGGGCGCGCAAGCUGCAGGAGGCCAACCUCCGAGUGGUACGCCCCCCGACCUCUCUGAACUCCCCGUACCCCCUCCUGCGCCCGCACGGGGGAGCACUACAAGGGCCUCGCCCGCAACGCGCCCGUGACCCUUGCGCAACACACCACGCCGACACGCUGCUGUCCAAGGACAAGGAGUUCGCCUCGCUGCAGAACGAGUGCCGGGCUCUGGAGGCCCAGCUGGGCGGCACCAAGGGCACCCACCCCGUGUCGUCCGGCGGGUCUGAGUUUGAGCUCCUCCUGCGGGAGUCCCAGAAGGAGGUGCUGCGGCUGCAGAGACAGCUGGCCGUCACCUCCUGCUCCAGGGGGGGGCGGGACCCCAGCACUGCUAGACCUAGACCCCCUGACCCGGACGGCCCCCCGGGCCCCCGAGGACCCCCGGAUCCCGCCGGUCCCAACGGCCUCGAGGGUCACGCCCGUCCCAAUGGCGUUAACGGUCUCCAUGGGGAUCUUGAUGACCCAGGGAGGGCGGGCGAAACCCCCCCCAGGAAGCAGGAUGAGCAGGCUGCCAGUGAGACCCCUGGUGUGGUGGUAGAUGAGGCUCCAGCCAGACGCGAGGAGGCUCCCAGAGAGGAGGAGGAGGAGUCGGGGUCGCCAGUGACGCCCCCCAGGGGCCCGAACCCGCCCCCCGCCCAGCAGGACCACCCGUCAGAGGAGCACCGUCUGCACUGUCUGGAACGAGAGCUGUGCACCAAGAGAAAAGAAUGUGAAAACCUCGAGCAUGAAGUAAAGAAGCGACAGAAGAGAUGUCUGGAUUUGGAGAGCCAGCUCGAGGAUGAGCGAGGCAGACAUGGCUCACUAAAGGAGGAGUCCAAUCUCCUAAGGAGGAAGGCGCAGCUGCUUGACCAGACUCGGGCUGAGAAUGAGGACUUGAGGGAAGACCUCUCGGAAGUGACCGCUCAACGCAAUUCCGUUCUCGAGGAGAACCAGAGACUCCGUGCCAAACUGGAGAACCUAGAGCAGGUCCUAAAGCAUAUGCGAGAGGUCGCCGAGCGAAGACAGCAGCUGGAAUUGGAACAUGAGCAGGCACUGGCAAUCCUCAAGUUCAAACAGGAUGAGAUCAAACGGUUGCAGCGGGCUCAGUUAUUCGCCAAGAGAGAGCAUGAAGGGGUGGUGCACAUGCUGGAGGAGUUGAAGCAGUUUGUGUGGCGGAGAGAGCUGACCAAGGUACGCGACCUGGAGGAGAAAUGCCGCAGCCAGAGCGAGCAGUUUGGCAUGCUGUCCCACGAGCUGGACCAGUUCCGUGUGCAGACCUCCAAGGUGGACCUGGCCAGCACUAGCCUUCUCUCCAGCCCCAACCUCUCGGUUCUGACGAAUGGGGUGGGCCUGCCUACGGAGCGAGACUGCAGUGGCACCUGUGAUCUGGUGCUACUGAGUGACAUAGCCUUCUGGAGCCUAGAGGGAGGGGACUCUCUGUCAACACCUGAAGAUGUGGCGGCCCCCCUGCGCUCCCUGGGGCCCUCGCCCCAUGCCACGGGGUUCAGCCGGGUGGAGCGCGCCCCCGCCACCAAGCACCGCGAGCUGCCCACCAUCAGCGUCAGCAAGUCAGGCUCCACCUCCAGCAGGUCCCCCGAGGCGGCCCACCUCAGCCCCCGCUCCGACGCCCACCUCAGCCCCCACAAGUCCAGCUCGGCGCACGAGGUGGACACGGCCAGCGAGGUGGAGGAGCUGGACGUGGACAUCGCCCCCGCCCCCUACAGCGCCAGCAGGGGAGCCGCCAAGCUGCAGGUCUUCAUUGGCCGAUACAGCUACAACCCCUACGACGGGCCCAACGACAACCCCGAGGUGGAGCUGCCCCUCACGGCCGGGGAGUACAUCUACGUGUACGGUGACAUGGACGACGACGGCUUCUACGAAGGCGAGCUGAUGGACGGGCGGCGGGGGCUGGUCCCCUCCAACUUCGUCGAGCGCGUGUCGGACGACGACGUCAUGGGCUCCCAGCAGCCCGAGACCACGGACCCCGGCUCCCACAACUCCCUGCUGGACGCCAGCCUCCACAGUGCCAGCCCCCAGCACCACCUCCCCCCCCAUCUGCACCACCUCGCCGCGGCGGGCCCCCGCGCCUCCGAGCGCACCGAGGCGGCGGCGCCCCCCGUGCCCGCGCCCAGGACCCUGUCCCCGGCCAUGCCCGCCCCGUCGCCCCCCGUCGUCGCCGCCGCCGCCACCGCCGGCCCCUCCCCCCCGACCCCGCCCCCCCUCACCAACGGCCUGGACCUGGACCUGGACGAGGUGGGGCUGGACGUCGUGCCUUACCCCCGCCGGCUCACCCUCAUCAAGCAGCUGGCCAAGAGCAUCAUCAUCGGCUGGGACCCGCCGCUGGUGGCGGCGGGCUGGGGCGACGUGUGGAGCUACAACGUGUACGUGGACCAGGAGCUGCGGCUCAACGUGCCGUUCGGCGCCCAGACCAAGGCGGUGCUGGAGCGGCUGGACGUGCACCUCAAGGCGUACCGCGUGUCGGUGCAGAGCCUGACGGAGCGCGGGCCCUCGGACCGGCUGGCCUGCAGCCUGCUGGUGGGGCGGGACGUGUGCGUGGCGCCGACGCAGCUGCGCGUGGAGCGCGUCACGGCCACCGCCGCCCAACUCUCCUGGCUGCCCAGCAACAGUAACUAUGUGCACAUCGUGUCCUUGAACGAGGAGGAGUGCGAGCUGGUGAAGGCCGGCUGCUACUCGCUGUGCCUCAGCAACCUCGCGCCCAGCCUGCAGUACUCCGUCAAGGUGGAGGCGCGGCCGCACCGCACGCCCUGGGAGCUGCCCCUGGAGCGGCGCGACCACCGCAGCGCGACCACCGCCUUCUCCACGCUCAUGGCCGGCCCUCCGGACGCCCCCCUGGACGUGCAGCUGGAGCAGGGUCCCUCCCCCGGGAUCGCCCUCAUCAGCUGGCUGCCCGUCACCAUCGACGCCGCCGGGACCUCCAACGGGGUCCGCGUCACCGGUUACACCAUAUAUGCCGACAAGAAGAAGGUGCUGGAGGUGUCGUCCCCCACCGCGGGCAGCGCCCUGCUGGGCCCAUCCCAGAUCCACAGCCUGCAGCUGGCCCAGGAGCUCACCGUGCGCACCACCUCCGCCCACGGCGAGUCCAGCGACUCCCUCGCCGCCCCCGUGCCCGCCAAGCUGGCCGCCAUCAUGGCCGGGCCGCCGCCGCCCGCCCCACCGGCCGCGCCCGCCCUCCCCGACGCCCCCUUCCCCUCCCAGCCCCCCACCGUCCCGUACGGGAACUCUGCUGCCAAAGUGUCGGCGCUGCCCCUCGACACGGCGCCGCUGGACGCCCUCGCCGCGGCACACCUCCUCGCCGCGGGGGACGCCGCCGCCAUCAACGUGACCUCGCCCAGCGCUUUCGUCUCACACCCGGCGGCGUUACCGCCGGCAACGCCGCUGGGUGUGCCCCCAACACCAGCGCCGCUGCCGGUCGCCGCCGCCCCCCCGGCGGCGGUGGCGGCCGUCCUGGUGGACCACCGCCGGGACACCGACAGCCCCGGGACCAUCCGGCCCUUCCCCUCCAUCGCCGAGUUCCUGCAGGAGGAGCCCAGUGCCAAGCUCUGCACCCCGGAGCGCGUCCCCAGCCCCCCCAAGGCCCCGGCGGCCGACCUGCUCAACCCCUGGGCCGCCGCCCCCCCCCUGCGUCCCCGCAGCGCCUCCCCGCUGGAGUCGGAGGCGGAGUCGGAGGCGGAGAACACGCGGCUGGUGUCCAUGGAUGACUUCCUGUCCCAGGGCCAGGACCCCCAGUAUGCCCGGAGGGCCCAGGGCGACUACAUCGCAGACAUCAGCCGCUCGGACCUGUCCGACAUCCUGGAGGAGGAGGAGGAGGACUACUACUCGGACCACCGCGCGGACUCCCACCGGGGCUACGCCGCCAGGCGCCACAAGUCGGACCCCCCCGACAGCGACGAGGAGCCCCCCGAGCGCAUCCUCACCCUCCCCCGCCAGGCCCGCCACAACCCGGACCUCUUCCUCGAGGAAGAGGGCGGGCGCUGCCCCCUCCACCGCCAGCCCCGCCCCCGGGCCACCUUCCCCCACCCCCGCGACGGACAGCACCACCACCACCCUGCGCCCAGAGAGCCUUCGGCCCCCGGCCACGGGGCCCGCUCCCGGGCCCAGCAGCAGCGGGCGCGCUACGCCGACCCGGCGGGCCCCGACGGUUACCCCGACGACGACGGCGAAUCCAGCCUCUACGAGGGGCCCUGCAGCCACCGGGUGUCGGGCCCCGCGGCGCCACCCCCCCAGGCGGCCCCUCGCGCCCGGGAGCAGCCCGGCUCCAAGAUCGGGGGGCUGGGGGACCGGCUCCGGAGGGAGGCCCUGCGCAGGAGCCAGAUGGCGGCGGCGGCGGCGGAGGCGGCGGAGGCGGCGGAGGGGGGGGCGGGGUUAGGGGCGGGGCCCCCGGGGGCCUACAUGGUGAGCAAGACGGUGCGGACGCUGCGCUCGCCGGCGGGGCCCGCGGCGGAGAUCGACCUGGAGUACGGCUCGGAGGACGGCGAGGAGCCCGGGGAGUACGGCCGCGGGGAGGUGGUGGUGGACCAGAUGAGCUCCGAGUGGUGGGUGGAGCCCACGGGGGGGGAGUACGGGAGGCUGCUCCACGACGCCCGGGGGCCCAAGCAGGAGCCGCAGGCCCACCCCGCCGCGGGCCAGCCGCAACGGGAGGCCGAACGGGAUCCGUCCACUGAGGCCAGCCCAGCGCGGGAAGGAGCGACCUCGCAGGCCAGGCCGCCCAGAGGGGCGACGGAGCCCCAGCCCAGCGUCGGGGAGGGCGACGUCCGGAUCUUCGUGGCUCUGUUCCCCUACGACCCCACCUCCAUGUCCCCCAACACGGACGCCUCGGAGGACGAGCUGCCCUUCAGAGAGGGGCAGAUCAUCAAGGUGUACGGGGAGAAGGACGCGGACGGGUUCUACCGGGGGGAGUCGGCCGGUCGCCACGGCUACGUGCCGUGCAACAUGGUGUCAGAGCUGCAGGUGGAGGACGAGGAGACGCGGCAGCAGCUGCUGCAGCAGGGCUUCCUGACCACCCAGGCCUCCAUGGAGAAGAUAGGCUCUCGCUCACAUGCUCCGCCCCCACGCCGCCCUGCCCCGCCGCCCAAACCCAGGCGAUCCAGGAAAGUGGAGUCUGCUGCACUCUGGGAGGAGAGUGUAGACUCCUGCACCCAAAGGUCACACCCGUCCUCCGCCGCCGUAGGCAACCCGGGCCCUGGAGCACGGAGGAUGGUGGCCAUCUUCGACUACGACCCCAGAGAGAGCUCCCCAAACACGGACAUAGAGGCUGAGCUGACCUUCAGCGCCGGGGACACCAUCCACGUGUUCGGGGACAUGGACGACGACGGCUUCUUCUACGGGGACCUGAACGGACACAAAGGCCUGGUGCCCUCCAACUUCCUGCAGGCUCUGCCCGACGAGGACCCCCAGGCACCGCCCCCCCUGGCCCAGCCCGCCCCGGAACCCAAGAGAGACCCCCAGAAGGUGAGCCCGACCAGCGCCGCAGAGCAGCUGGACCCAGAGCCGCCGCCGCCGCCCCACGAGGCCCGAGGCCCCGCGACGGAGCCUCCCUGCCCGGAGCACACGGAACCUGAGGCCGUUGACCCCGCCUCCGACCCCGCCUCCGACCCCGCCUGCGACCCCGCCUGCGACCCCGCCUCCGACCCCGCCUCCGACCCCGCCUCCGACCCGGGGUCCGACCCGGUGUCAGACCCCGGCCUCGGCUCCCCUCCCCCGCCGGAGGCCCAGGCGGACUGCUCCCCCCCAGAGAAGAAGAAGAAGAGCUUCUUCGCCAAGGGGAGGAAGCUCUUCAAACGGCUGGGCUCAGGCAAGAAGGACUAACAGCAAGGGAGGGAGGACCGGUCACAUGACCGCAACGGAGGGGGGGCAGGUCACAUGACCCGCUACGGUCAGGCCACAAAGAAAGCGCUUUUAUUUUGAAAGGACCUUUUUUCUUUCGCCUGGAUUCUCACUCCAGGAGGUCAGAGUUCUCUUUGUCGAUCCAACGCACUGCACUGACCCACAAACUCAGUAUUUUUGGGUUGUAGUUUUAUCUUCAGAUCUACUUUAGCGCACCUGCUGUGGCAGAUAGGAAACCAACAAGGACAAUAAUCCAGCCUGCAUGCAGAGCCGCGGGGGGAGGAGUCCAGAUAGAUGUGUUAGUACAUCUGCAUACAAGCCAGUAGUCCCAUUAUUCUGAGUAUCUUAGAUACGACGUUGCUCUUCAAUUAAGCCCCUUAAAGACUUUCAAACUCAAGAAUCAUAUGCAUACUAAUAUUUAGUUCUCAUUACGAAAUCGAUCACAUAGCUCGCAUCCACGAGUCGUUCCCUGGACAUGCAUGUACGUACACGCAUACGAAAGUCUUUAACUCUAGGGCUUGGGCGAAUAAGUCAACUGUUUAUGACACCCUUCAGUCAAUAGAAGAUUGAAUAUAUCGGGACAGUAUAUUAUUACGGUAUUUUAAAUUAUUCUAAAUGACUAGUGUUGUGGGUAACAUAAGGUUAGCGUAGCUUCACUCACAUGUCAUUUCCUGAGAGGAAGUUGGCAGACAGCUCUGAUCGGGAGACUGAUUCUGCCAUUUAUUUUUUACUUUAUUAUUAUCUUUCAAUCGUAACUCAGUGAUGCUAACUUUUGGUCUGCAGCCCGUCAGCAUGACAUUGAGUUUGUGGAUCUACAAGCGUGCGAGCAACCAGCAAGCUGUUAUAAUCACACGACAUGGCGUAACAUCAUGUCUAAAACGCGUAGAUUUGACAUUUGAAUUAUUCAACAGCUAAUGUUUGAAUAAAAAUGUAAACAGAAAAUGUUAUUCUUAACAUUUACCAGAAUUUAGUAUUCAAUCAAACAGUACAAGUAACAAGAUAGUAGAGACUUGUGAGUGCCAACCAUGCAUAUACAUUCUCCUUUACGAAGCAUACAUACAAAUAUAUGUACAAUUAUUUUGAAAGUAUAAAAAGUAUUCUGAGCCAUUUUCAAACAUUUGCUUAAACCUGGCUGUUGACUGGUAUGGGAUCAUUAUUCUCAUUGCGGUAUUAAGUCACACAGUUUAGCAUUGACUAGGGAGCCUGGUUUUCUGUCUCGACCCGUUUUGCGUUAUGACAUUAUAGAUCAAACCACGGCAUGUAGAAGCUUUGACCUCCAAGUGACGCAAUCGUCCGUCCGUCCGACCAACGAUUAGGCACAUCCGUGUAUAAUAGUUUCAGAUUUUAAGCAGCAAUGCAUGCUCUUAGUCUUAAUUUAGACUACGCUUUUGAAGCUAAUGUGUCGGCUAAGGCUUAGCUUAGCUUUUCAGACGGGUCUUGAACUGUCUUAGCGUUGCUGCUUAUCCCAUGAGCCCCGGGCAACGUAAUAACACCCAGCGAUCGUCUUUGGUAGAAAAAGUGGUUUGUCCCGACACAGGGACGUGAAGUCAUUUUCUCAGGUUUGUGAUUUUAUUUCAACUAUUUUGUGGAUUCUGUGUGCGCCAGUCUGCAGGCCAUAGGGGUCGGAUCAGCGCGUCUCAGAACCACAGAGGAUGCCAAACUCCACGGUGCUGUUAGCCGGUUAGCGUAGCGUGCUAGCAUAGCAUAGCUGGUUAGCCUAGCCGAGAGACGAGACCCAGUGGCGUGGGCGGAACACGGCCCCGAUAGAGGACGGUGAGUCCGUAGUUUGUACAGUUGGACUCAAGUCGCAGUUCGGUAGAAGUAUAGGCCGCACCUGGUCACAAUUCAUUUAGCUCUUUGGUUCACGUGUCAUGACUGUUGUUAGGUUUAGGUUCAGUACAUGUACUGUAAGUCUGUGCUACAUAAAAGGGAGAAGAAUAAAGAGCAGAGAUGCCAAGGAAGAACACGAGGGUAUGGGUGGGGUGGGGGGGGGGGGUUAACAAUGACACUUUAGACUUGGGCUAACAGUUACCGAUAAGAGAGCGAGAAUUGAGGUCUGUGUAUUUAUUUAAUACUUAGUUAUUUAUCGGGUUUUAUGUUCAUGUGGUUGGUUAAGGGGAUGCCUCAAAGUUGCUGAAAUGUACAGGGACAAACAGUUGUACCACUAUUUUGUAUUGGACGGCCUUUAAUGCAAUUCAAGCACUCCCCCCCCUCCCCUCCCUUUUCUCUUCCUCCUGCUUGCUAGCACAUAUGCUAACGCUAACAUAAGGCGGCUACACUGUUAAUGCUCAUCU